AUGAACCAGUUAAUCCCGCAACUCCUGGGCGAGGACAAUUUUGACACAGCUGUCCCCAUUGAAAGGGCACAUCGUUCCCCAACCACUGCGCGUGGAAGCGACACCAAGCCACGGACCUUCUUGGUGAAGUUUCUGAAUUUCCAGGACAAGAUCCGCAUACUCCAGCUUGCAAGAGAGAAGCAAAAUCUUCUCUACAAAGGCUCGAAGAUCCAUAUCUUCCCAGACUUCAGCGUAGCGCUGGAGAAAAAGCGUCGGGAGUUCGGCGAUGUGAAGAAGAAAUUACGGGACCUGGGCAUUAAGUACUCGAUGCAAUAUCCAUGUUCUCUGCGGAUAACUGAAGAUGGGAAACCCAGACUCUUCAGCUGUCCCGCUGAAGUUGAGGACUAUGUUCGCCAUCGCUGA